UUUUUUUUUUUCUUUUUCUUUUCAUACCAUUUUGUUUGAUUCAGUCUAUCCUUUAAACAACCCUUAACACUCUCUUUUGUUAUAAAAACACGACCUUUUAUUUUUUUUAUUAUAAACUUUCUCUUCUUUUUUAUACAAUGUCAUCUACUUUUAAUGACAACUUUACUUCAACACAGCAACAACAACAGCUCUUGGAUGAACAUACAAUAAACGACACUUCUUGUCCUGUUUCUACUUCAGAACCAACAAAGUCCAUUACUUUAGCUGAACGACGACGUAUUCCUGAAUCUACUGAAAAGUUUAAACUUUAUCAACAAUCAUCAUCUUCAACUGACCAACCAUUUGACCAUAUUAUUCUGUUAUCACCAACAAAGAUAUCAGAAGAUGCCUUGUUAUCUCAUUUGGAACGACAACAAAAGGCUAUUCAACAGUUAGAUUCAUCUGUAUCUGAAACCAUUUCUUUAUCAUCUACACCUGUCAUACAAAUUCAUCAUGAACAACAACAACAACAGGAUGAGCAUCAUAUGGCAUUUUGGAAAUUAUUGAUUCAAGAUUAUAUUACCACCGCUCAAAGAUAUCCAUCCUUAUUAUUAACUUUACUAUGUGAAAACAAUGGAAUUCCUCAUUCUAUUCGUGGGGCUGUUUGGCAAGCUAUGGCUACAUCCAAUUCUUCGCAUUUGAUGACCGUAUAUGAAGAUUUGGCUCAACAUUCUCUAUCUUCUUCCUCUUCUUCCUCUCCUUUCAUGUCAUUAAUUGAACAUGAUGUUGAUACCCUUUAUGGUCACAAAUACCCUCAACAUAUAUUGGAUAUCAUGAAAAAGAUUCUCAAGGUUUACACUCUAUAUGAUCCUCAACUUGAUUAUUCCACUGCCUGUUUGUCUUUGUUGUUCCCUCUACUUAGAUACGUUUCGGAAUCUCAAGCUUUUUGUCUAUUUGUCAGAUUGAUGGGAUUAUAUGACAUGCGAUCGAUGUUUGUCCAGAAAAAGGUGAACGCUAUUUCAGUUAAAUCUCGGUUAUUUGAACUACUAUUAGGUCAAUUCUAUCCUCAACUCGCAUCACAUCUAGAUCAACACUUGGUUCAAUCUAUACAUUACGCUGGUCCUUGGUAUACAAAUAUCUUAUCGAAUGUUCUUCCUGACGAAGCUUUUGAUCGAAUGUAUGACCUUGUCUUUGCUUUGGGUGCUAUGGAAACAAUCACACGUGCUGGUAUGACAUUGAUGCAACAAGCUCAAUCACAACUUUUGGCUAUGGAUGAUUCGAAAUCACUGUUACUUUCGGUAUGCACUUCAAAAUUAUUCGAUAUUGGAUAUCAUGGUGAUGUGAAUGCUUUCAUUUUGGAUACAAUGGCUUGUGGAACGACUGUGAGUCAACAUAAAUUGGUGACAAUGAUGGAUACCCUGACUUCACAAAUGGAAAUGGAAAAUGAAAUCACCAAGAAAAGGGAACAAGCUUCAAUCAUUUCUGUUACUCAAUCUGAUUUGGAAAAUAAGAAAAAGGAAAAACGUGAAUCCUGGUUCUCUUCAUGGCCUUCCAUCAGUAAUCGUCAACAGGAACAACAAGAUCAACAAGAACAAAAACAAGAACCAUUACCAGUCACUCCUGUCAGUCCAUCCUCUACUUCAUUCUCUCAACAAAACGAUCGUACCGUACCACUGUUACACCAACAAAUCGAAGAUCUGGUCACAGCCCUGUCACAACUACAAAAAGAUCAUACUCAGCAAUCAGAGGAAUUGAUGACCAUCAAGUUACGCGAUAUGGAAUCUCAAGUAGAGCGAUCCAAACUUCAAAAACGGAAUUCAACAUUGGAGAAAAAAGUCAAAAAAUAUAAGACAAAACUCACUCAACAGCAACAACAACUCAGCAUGAACGAGCAUAGCAGCGUAUUGAACCAGCAAGAUGAACAGUAUCGAUCAUUUGUACAAUCUUUACGUCUUAGUGGUAACUUUGGUGCUUUGGUGGCUGGUGCCUUAGAUAAUGAGUCUACCAAAACAACUCGUCCAUCUCCACAACAACAGAAACGCCAAUCGAUACACUCACAGACACAAACAGAAAAUCAAGAAAUCAUCCCAUCAAAGGAAGAAGUUAGAACCAACAAUGACACUUCAACCGAUGCCAUGCAUGCAGUGACCUCUGAAUUAGUUGCAGUGAAACUUGCCAACUUUGAGAUGGGCCAAAAAUAUGAACGACUCUGUCACAAGUACAAUGACAUGGAUCAAAGUUUGACCCAAGCAAAACAACAAAUCAAAGUACAAACGGAACAACUGGAACAAAUGACACAACAAUUGGAACAAAGUACUCGCGAGAGAGAUGAAUUUUUGGAAGAACAAGCUACGUUAUGGUCCGAGGAACAAGAAACUCUUUUACAAGAAAAUGAAGACUGGAUGGACAAGGUGAUGGCUGCCAGAAAGACGGCUAGUGAAUUACAUAUGGAUAAACUAGCAUUAUUGAAAAAGGUGGAACGACUAGAACAACGUGUAGAACAACUGGAAACGGAAAAGCGGGAAUAUUUGAUGCCGAGAAACAGUUUUGCUGAAGAUGUUUUUGCGACACAUAACCUCUUCUUUGGAGAAAAACAAAAGCAAGAUGAAACGGUAUUAUCACAAGAACAACAACAAGCUUUAGAUGAAUUUAGAUUGAAAUAUGUUGAAACGGAUCUACGAUGCCGGGAAUUGGAGAAACUGUUAGCGGAAGCCAAGGUCAAGAUUGCCGAAUACGAAACAAGUAGUGGUCGGUCCUCCAUAGCGUCAUCCUUUUGCUGUUCACCUCGGGCGUCUCUUCAACAACGUGCUUCCUCUUUACAAAUGAAACGGGCUUCGACUGCUUCCUUUUUAACCACGACCUCAUCUAUCUUUGCUGGUGGAUACCAACCAACAACACAAUCAGGUACAACAUCUCGUGUAGCCACACCAACAUCACCUACCACAAAUGCAACGUCACCUAGUACUUCUCGUCUUUCCAAUGAAAGUUGUGCGUCAUCAGCGACAUCAUCAUCAGUACCAUCCUUGGGAAGUCAUAGCAAACGUGCCAGUAUGUAUGCUCGGAUUUGUUCUUCUUUUUCUACCACGCCAAAUACUAAUAUGAUCAAGUCCCCGAUCCUAUAUGAAGAACCUCAAUCCAGUAUUUAGAUCUUUAUCCCUUUUUUUUUUUUUUUUUUU